AGCGCCGGGAGCGGACGGGCCCGGAGCGGCGGUGGCGGCGGGAUGAGGAUGCGCGGGCUGUGGGUGCUGGUGCUGCUGCUGGGGCUGGCUCAGAUCGCCCUCCUGGCGCGGGGCGCGGCCGCACAGGAGGAGUUUGGCGACGGAGAAUCUGUUACAAAAGAAGCUGACGAUGAAGGUGAUGAUGAUGACGAUGAAGAAGAUGAUGAAGAUGACGAUGAUUCUGUAGUUAAAGAGGAGAAUGGUGUGUUAGUCCUGAAUGAUGCCAACUUUGACACCUUCACUGCAGACAAGGACACCGUGCUGCUGGAGUUCUAUGCACCAUGGUGUGGGCACUGCAAGCAGUUUGCUCCUGAGUAUGAGAAGAUAGCCAAAACUCUGAAGGAACAUGACCCUCCUAUUCCUGUAGCCAAAAUAGAUGCUACUGCAGCCACUUCACUGUCAAGUCGUUUUGAUGUCAGUGGCUACCCAACCAUCAAAAUCCUGAAAAAAGGCCAAGCUGUUGACUAUGAUGGGUCUCGGACAGAAGAUGCUAUUGUGGCCAAAGUCAAGGAGGUUUCUGACCCCAACUGGACCCCUCCACCUGAAGCCACUCUGGUAUUGACCCAGGAUAAUUUUGAUGAAGUUGUGAAUGAUGCUGACAUAAUCCUGGUGGAGUUCUAUGCUCCAUGGUGUGGCCACUGCAAGAGGCUUGCUCCAGAGUACGAGAAGGCUGCCCAGGAGCUCAGCAAGCGCACGCCUCCCAUCCCCCUGGCUAAAGUCGACGCCACGGCUGAAACGGAGCUCGCAAAGAAGUUUGAUGUCACUGGCUACCCAACCCUCAAAAUCUUCCGCAAGGGCAAGCCUUACGACUACAGUGGUCCUCGGGAAAAAUACGGUAUUGUCGACUACAUGAUUGAACAGGCUGGUCCUCCAUCCAAACAGAUUCAGGCUACCAAGCAGGUGCAAGAAUUUCUGAAGGAUGGGGAUGAUGUCAUCAUCAUUGGUGUCUUUAGUGGAGAGAAUGACAAAACCUAUCAGCUCUAUCAGGAAGCAGCUAAUGGUUUGAGAGAAGAUUAUAAGUUCCAUCACACCUUCAGCAAUGAGAUUGCAAAACUAUUGAAAGUUUCUCCAGGAAAACUGGUUGUCAUGCAGCCAGAAAAAUUUCAGUCGAAGCACGAGUCCAAGAUGCACGUUCUGAAUCUUAAAGACUCUACAGAUGGAUCUGAGAUUAAAGAGCAUGUGCUAAAACAUGCUUUGCCUCUGGUUGGUCAUCGCAAGCCUUCCAACGAUGCCAAGAGAUACUCCAAGCGUCCUCUGGUGGUUGUCUACUACUCUGUGGACUUCAGUUUUGACUACCGUGUUGCUACUCAGUACUGGAGAAGCAAAGUCCUGGAAGUGGCUAAAGACUUCCCUGAAUAUGUGUUUGCUGUUUCUGAUGAGGAAGAUUAUUCUUCUGAAAUCAAGGAUUUGGGCCUGCUUGAGAGUGGAGAGGAUGUCAACGCUGCCAUUCUGGAUGAAGGUGGCAAGAAGUAUGCCAUGGAGCCAGAAGAGUUUGACUCUGAUGUACUCAGGCAGUUUGUGGUAGCAUUCAAAAAAGGAAAACUGAAGCCAAUUGUGAAGUCCCAGCCAGUGCCAAAAAAUAACAAAGGGCCUGUGAAAGUGGUAGUGGGUAAAACUUUUGAUACCAUAGUGAUGGAUCCAAAGAAUGAUGUUCUCAUAGAGUUCUAUGCCCCAUGGUGUGGACACUGCAAGAAACUAGAACCAGUGUAUAAUGAGCUAGGCAAAAAAUACAAGAAUGAGAAAAAUCUGAUUAUAGCCAAGAUGGAUGCUACUGCCAACGACGUGACGAGUGACCACUACAAAGUGGAGGGAUUCCCCACCAUCUACUUCGCUCCAAAGGACAAGAAGAACAACCCAAUUAAAUUUGAAGGCGGGGACAGAGAUUUAGAGCAUUUGAGCAAAUUUGUAGAGGAGCAUGCAACAAAACUCUCCAGAACAAAAGAAGAGCUUUAGAUAAGAUGAGGGUGGAGAAGAAAAGUUGUUUGUACAAUGUAGUUAAAAUCAAGUUACUGACAAAACUUGGUGAGAGAAGAAUUAAGCAGUUUUGAGCAAAGAGAUUAUUGAGCAGUAAAGCAAUUUAAGUAUCUUUUUUUUUAUAUGGCAGAUGAGUUUUUUUCUGGACACUGAACUUAAUACUCUAAUAUGAAUGUCUUAUGUUAGUUACGGUUUUGAUCUUUGGAGAAAAAUACAUCCUUUAUUUUUUGUGACUA